UGAAUUUUACUCGUCUUUUGCACACUGAGGACCAUGGGAGGAAGCACCAUGACCGCGACCCUCACUGCCCUUCUCUGCCUCUGUGAGCUCUGGGGAAAUGCAAACUGAUGGAGCCCCCUGCCCUCCCAGAUGCUGCUGCAGAGAAACCCCAGGACUCAGGACACUUCCUGGGGCCAGGACUUUGGGGGAGGAGAGGUGUGCUCAGCCCCAGGUCUGCCCCCCAGAGCUCAGGGGCCCAGACCAGGCCUGGAGCUUCUACGUGUGGUUUGGGAUGGUUCUCACAGGAACUCUCUUCCAGGGCUGUGUCGGGGCCCAUGGGACCAGGUACAGGCAGAAGUUGUCCCCAAACCCUCCAUCUGGGCGGAGCCAGGCCCCAUGGUCACCAGAGGAAGUCCUGUGACCCUCUGGUGUCAGGGGUCUCUACACGCUACUGCCUACAUUCUAUAUAAAGAGAGGGGCUCUGAGCCCUUGGAUACGAAGAUCCUACAGGAGUUCAGCAACAAGACCGGUUUCCUCAUUGAACCCGUCAGACAACAGCAUGCAGGGCUCUACAGGUGUGCGUAUUACAUCAGGAACAGACUCUCACAGCGGAGUGACCCCCUGCUCCUGGUGGUGACAGGAGUGGACAGAGCACCCUCCCUCUCAGCCCAGCCAAGCCCUGUGGUGGCCUCAGGAGGGAGCGUGUCCCUCGUGUGUAGCUCACAGGACACAUCGGGCACUUUCCAUCUGCUGAAGGAGGGAGGAGCUGACCCGCCCCGACACAAGGAACCGCAAUCAAGGUCCAAUGCUGGAAGGACCUAUGCCCAGGCCACCUUCCCUGUGGGCCCCGUGAACUCCUCCCACGGGGGGACCUACAGAUGCUAUGGUUCCCCCAGAUCCUACCCCAAUCUGUGGUCACACCCCAGUGACCCUCUGCGUCUCGAGGUCACAGGUGUGCACAGGGAGCCCUCCCUCUCGGCCCAGCCGGGCUCCCUGGUGCUGCCUGGAGAUAGCCUGACCCUGCAGUGUGGCUCAGAGGCUGGCUUUGACAGAUUCGCUCUGACCAAGGACCAGGGGCUCACACACCCCCAGCGCCUUGUCGGGCAGCACAGCCCCAACUUCCCCCUGGGCCAUGUGGACCACACCCAUGGGGGCCGGUACAGAUGCUACAGUGGACACAGACUCUCCUAUGCGUGGUCGGCCCCCAGCGCCCCCCUGGACAUCCUGGUCACAGGAAUGUACAGGAAACCCUCCCUCUCCAUCCUGCCGGGCCCCUCAGUGCCCUGGGGAGCGAACGUGACCCUGCAGUGUGGAUCUGAGAUCUGGUUUGACACCUUCCACCUGCACAGGGAGGGGUCUCUGGAUCCCCCCCAGCACCUUCCUGUGCAGAAGAUGACUGCACCCUCUCAGGCCAACUUAACCUUUGGUCCUGUGACCUCAGCCCACAACGGCACCUACAGGUGCUAUGGUUCACACAGUGCCUCCCCCUACCUGCUGUCACACCCCAGUGACCCCCUGGAUCUCCUGGUCUCAGGUCUCCCGUGGUACCUGUACGUCCUGAUCGGGGUCUCGGUGGCCCUCGUCCUGCUGCUCUUUCUCCUCUUCCUCUUCCUCCGACACCGGCGUCAGGGCAAAGGCAGGAUGUCAGUGGCUGCAGCGUCGGAACCCAAGGACAGAGGCCUGCAGAAGAGCUCCAGCCCAGCUACUGAAGUCCAGGAAGAGAACUUGUAUGCUGUCGUGGAAGACACACGGCCUCAGGAGGACAGACAGCUGGAGACUCAGGCUGCAGCACCUGAAGACCCACAGGACGUGACCUACGCCCAACUCAACCACUUGAGCCUCAGACGAGAGACAAGUGCACCCUCUUCCUCCCCAUCAGAGCCCACAAAUGAGCCCAGCACGUACGCUGCUCUGGCCAUCCACCAGCCCAAGAACCUAGACCCCACCCUCUAGGGAGGGGGUCUGCAGGGACCCUGGAAGGCACAGGAGCUGCCCCCUUGGACACUCAGCUAGUAGCCCCCACCAGCCUGAGGACAUGACAUGCCCCCAGCAGCUCCAGGACUUUGGGAAGUUGACUGCUCCCAGGACCUGCAUCGUUCCACAGGUGAUCUCCAGUCCCCACCAAAGUGACCCGGCAAACUGCAAGGACCCCAUGGGAUUGCCAUCAAGGCCUUGAUUGUGCAAGUGGCAACCUCGGGCUAGGGAAGACUACUGCCCAGCCACUGCCUCAGAGCCCAAGUCCCCACACAGGGACCAACCACAGGGCACAAGGUGGCUGCAACACUGAAGGGUUGCUCAAUUCCGAUUCUCAUUUCCUGAGACCCAGCCCCUUUCUACCGGGCCUGAUGCAGCUUCUCAGCAAAGAAAGGGAAGCCUGCUCCCCAUGUCUUCAUACUCCCAAGUACAGGGGGAGGGGUGCCUUUCCACAGGCCACUAACCCAUGCCCCACUUUAAAUCAUGACACAGAACUGGGAAUCUGCCCAUCAACCAUCUGGUAACAAGCUUUGAGAUGAGCCUGUAGAUCAUGUCCACCGCUGCCAAUUAAAACUAGCCAGCAACCUGAGGUGGACCAAACCAGAUCAGCUCUCAGCUCCCACCCAUCUUACUCUGACUUCUUGCCAGGGACCAGGGUAAAAGGGCUGGAGAUGGGACCUCCACUUGCUUCCUCUGCCUAGAAAGUUCAGCUUUCAGAACUUCUGUCUCGUCCGGUUUUGUUCAGAAUGCCUCUUUUAACUUCACUGAAAUUAAAAUGAUUUGCUUG